AUGAAUUAAGAUGUUUUGAAGCAGAUUAGAUAGCAUUUCCCAAUGAUUGACAAUAUUGUUUUUCGAAAUAUUCUGUCUCAAUAGAAAGACUAAAACCUAUUGAUUACAUUAGUUUAUAUAUUGAAGAGAGUCAGGGAGAUUGUGGGCCAUAUGGAGGACGUCACCAAGUUUGCAUUGUCACUAUGGGAGAAGGAGGAGAUUUAGAUUUCAAAAGAAUGUACUGAUAAAUUGUUUAUGAUUUUAGUGCAUGAUGAGAUAAUAUUGAAUUUGGUUGAAUCAAAGUUUUAUUACUAAGCACUUCUGGCAAAUAAGAAUAGCCAAUUUUUGAGUAAUAUUGGAGUUUAACAUUAGAUAAGAACAAGAUUUACACUGAAGUUUCAGAAUUGUCAGAGCAGAGUAAGAGAGUGAAUGACAUAUUGAUCCAAAACUUUAGCGUAUAGAGACCAUAUCAAUUAUUCGUUGAAGAGCAACAAGAAUUGUAAUCAAAGAAAACUGCUUAGACUCCAAAAAUACCAUAAGUAUAAAAGGGAUAGAAACUAUGUUCUCUGACUUUGAAUAUUUAGGACAGAGAUCAAGUAGAUAAAUUGUAUAGAAACAACAAACAAUAUUUGCAAUAGUUGGGGAUAAAGAUGGAAUAUCCAAAAAACACAACAGCAACACAAACAGAAUAGGUUGAUGGGUUGAUACCUCUGAGUAGCAAAAAGAAUAAGAAUCAGCAGAAGGAUCAAAGCAAAGAGAUGAAGUUCUAUGAAUAUUAAUUAGAAAUGGGACAAUGUACUCAAUAUUUGCCCACUUAUGAUACAGUAGAACAAUUGACGUAAGAUAUCAAAUUGUUUGUUGCUGAAAUCGAUUAAUACAAUAAGAAGAAUAGGAACGCGUUCUAAAAACUUAUUGAUGAAAUAUCUGCUGUUGUAAGUGCCACUUAUGCAGGUGCCCAAAUAGAUGUGUAUGGUUCCUAUGCAACAGAGUUAUGUUUGCCACACUCAGACAUUGAUCUGGUCAUUAAGAUAUCAAACUAACAUGAGAAGUUUGUGACUGAUAUUUUGUAAAGAAUCGAAGUUGAAUUAAAGAAAUGCAAAUUUAUAGAAGAAACAAAAUGUGUCACAUAGUCAACUACUCCUGUACUUAGAGCAAAAUGCAAUAAACAGUAUAUGAAUAAGAGACUCGAUAUUUCAAUUUAAGAGACCAAGCAUAAUGGUUUGCAAUGUGUUUAGUUGAUUCGUAAGUAUAUCAAAAAUUAUGAACCCCUCAAACCGUUGACUCUAAUUAUGAAACAGUUUCUGCAUAAGAGUGAUCUCUCAGACACUUACAGUGGUGGAUUGAGUUCAUAUGGAUUGAUUUUGAUGAUUGUAUCAUUUCUACAGAGCUACCAAAACCAGGAUAAGAAUUGGCCAACCAUAGGUACAUUACUAAUUGAAUUCUUGAAUGUAUAUGGAUGCGAAUUGGAUUAUGCAGGGAAAACAAUCUGUCCAGAUCAACCUGAGGUGUUUGAAUAGGAGACCACGAUUAUUUUUGAUCCUCACAAUUUCGCUUAUUGUCAAUAACAAAGUUUGGUCAUUAUCGAUCCACUCAAUCCAUAAAAUAAUGUUGGACGUCCAUCUUAUAAUGUUGCGAAGAUCAAAGUAAAUCAUCUUUCUCUCCAUUUAGCUUGCGUUUACGGUAGCCUUUUCUAAAUUGCUAACCUUUGACUCUUCAAGCCAACAAUACCCACUCAAGUUUUUUUUCAAUUCGGCUCAAAAUAUACAGUGUUCCCUGCAUUCUGUGCUUGUCAAUCAAUACAAAGCUUAUGCCGAUCAGAUCAUGUUUGGAACAUCUACACGCUAUUGAGUAUAUAAAAUAAAAAUCUAGUUAAGGUUUAAUCAUACAUAUUCGAC